AUGGCGUCUACUCACAACUCCAAGCAGCGCCUGGCGCUCGCUAUCUGCGAUUUCCUCUCCGCUUCGACAAAUGACGGCACUCUCACCGCCGACGACAAGGACUCCAUCGAUGUGGCUAUCAACUGUAUCGCCGAAUCCUUCAAGGUCGAUCCCUCCGAUACCUCCGCUGUCCAAGCCGCCAUCGGAUCUCAGAACCUCCUUCAGAUCUACUCUGUCUUCGAGAAGGCCCGCGCCGACAAGCCCGCCGCUGCUGCUCCUACACCUGCCCCCGUCGAGCUCACCGAUGAGCAGAAGAAGGAGGCUGAGGCCCUGAAGUCAAAGGGAAAUGCUGCCAUGGCCCAGAAGGACUACCGCGCUGCCAUCGACUUCUACACCCAGGCUCUGGCUAUCAACGCCAACAACGCUGUCUACCUCUCCAACCGUGCCGCUGCCCACUCGGCCAACAAGGACCAUGCUUCUGCCCGAUCUGACGCUGAGGCUGCCGUAGCCAUCGACCCCGCUUAUACUAAGGCCUGGUCCCGACUUGGUCUUGCUCGCUUCGCCCUAGGCGAUGCUCGUGGUGCUAUGGAGGCCUACGACCGCGGUAUCCAGCAUGAGGGUAACGGUGGCUCUGACGCUAUGAAGAAGGGCUACGAGACGGCCAAGCGCCGUGUUCAAGAGAUGGAGGCUGAGGAGGACUCUCUUCCCCGUGCUUCUCCUAGCGCCGGUGGUGAUCUCGGUGCCGGUGGCAUGCCCGAUCUUGGUAACCUUGCCAGUAUGUUCGGCGGCGGUGGUGGUGCCGGUGGCCAGGGCGGCGGUAUGCCCGAUCUCGGUAGCAUCAUGAGCAACCCAAUGUUCGCAAACAUGGCUCAGAAGCUCAUGAGCAACCCUGACCUUAUGAACAACCUCAUGAGCAACCCCCGUCUACGCGAGAUGGCCGAUCGCUACUCGACUGGUGGAGGUAUGCCUGACCUGAACAGCCUCAUGUCCGACCCUCAGAUCGGAGAGAUGGCCCGAAACAUGAUGGGCGGCGGUGGCAACCCCUUCGGAGGUGCUGGUGGUCCCGGUGCCGGUGCCGGCGGUGCCAACGGACAAGGCGGUUCGCAACAGUAG